GGCCCGGCGGAGCAGCCUCGAAGUUCGCGGGGCGGCCGGCGGCGGGGGCCAUGUGGCUGCUGUGGCUGCUGCUGCGCUCGGCGGAGAGCCAACUGUUGCCUGGAAAUAACUUCACAAAUGAAUGCAACAUUCCUGGAAACUUCAUGUGUAGUAACGGGCGCUGCAUCCCAGGGGCCUGGCAGUGUGACGGGCUGCCGGACUGCUUUGAUGACAGUGAUGAGAAGGAAUGCCCAAAAGCCAAAUCCAAAUGCGGUGCCACGUUCUUCCCCUGUGCUAGUGGGAUCCACUGCAUCAUCGGCCGCUUCCGAUGCAACGGCUUCGAGGACUGCCCCGAUGGCAGCGACGAGGAAAACUGCACAGCAAAUCCCUUGCUUUGCUCUACUGCCAGAUUCCACUGUAAAAAUGGUCUUUGCAUUGAUAAAAGUUUUGUGUGCGACAGUCAAAAUAACUGUCAAGACAACAGUGAUGAAGAAAGCUGCGAAAGUGCUCAAGAGGCAGGCAGCGGCCAAGAUUACGUGACCUCAGAAAACCAGCUGCUGUACUACCCCAGUAUUACCUAUGCUAUCAUUGGUAGCUCUGUCAUUUUUGUGCUCGUGGUGGCCUUUCUUGCCUUGGUCCUGCAUCACCAGCGGAAACGCAACAAUCUCAUGACGCUGCCGGUGCACCGGCUGCAGCACCCUGUCCUGCUGUCCCGGCUGGUGGUCCUCGAUCACCCGCACCACUGCAGCGUCACCUACAAUGUCAACAAUGGGAUCCAGUACAUGUCCAGCCAGGCCUACCACCGGCCCGUGGACCUGGACUCCCCGCCGUCCUAUUCAGAGGCUGUGUUCGACCAAAGCAGACCACCUUGGUUUGACCUUCCUCCACCGCCUUAUUGUUCUGAAUCUGAAUCCACGAAUCAGCCAGACCUUCCUCCUUACCGGUCUCGGACGGGAAGCUUGGUGAGCACAGACACCCCCGUGGCAGGGAGCCCUCUGGGCACAGCCAGCAGUUGGACAAGAGACAUCCAUGACGGCAUGGAUGGCCACAGAACUCUUCUCGAGAGGACAGCAAAUCAAAGCGAUUCUCUGGUCAACCACAUUGCUGAAAGAGAAGCGUAACUGUUCUCGUACUUGGGCUGGGCAGAAAGGCAUUUACUUUUUCAGGUCUCUCUGGGUUAAUCUGCUGUGGCUGAUAGGUUUCAGCACAUGGGCCUGAAUGAUGAUUUGAAUCCACACUAAGUUAGUGUCCUAAUUCAGCAUUUUGGGCUCAUCAAAGACAGAGCUGUGAGAACUGAACCUAGAGUCACACCAGCUCUCCACAAUAUUUCUGCAAGCAAGUUCUGGUUCAGGCUAGUCAGAGAAACAUCAGUGCUGUGUCAAAGAACUGAUGUGAUGUAUUUCUUGGACUAUUUACUGUAUAUGAAUGUAUAUAUGUGCAUGUAUAGUAUAUACAUAUGUUGCACACAAGAACUAGGCGAGAAGGACUCUUGUUUUCAGACUGCCUCCCAUCCUGUCGACACGUGAGCUGUUUCUCCUACUGCCUGGUGCCAGCUCAUGGUCAUUGAAGCACAGGAGUGGCACUCAUUCUGCUUGGAGGUCUGGCGCCCAGUGCUAGCCCACUGGUAGUGCUCUAAUUGCAGAAAAUGGCCUACUUGACCCUUCUCUUCAUGGCCUGGAACAUUCUCACUGUGAAUGUAAUUUUCAAAGUUUAAGCUUGUGAGGAUGCAACAACUCUCCAACUGAGCAAAUGAGGAUUUUUUUUUUUUUUUUUUUUUUCCCAGAUGCUGAUAUCUAGGCCAAAUUUACAUGGGUUUUCUCAGGAACAUCACAAAGGUUGUCUUAUCUGUCAGGCUGAGUACAGAGGCACUGAAGUUUCUCAACAAACCAGCGCAAGACUUCUUUUCAAUCACGACAAAACAACAUUACCCCAUGUGUUCCUUAAAAAAAAAAAAAACAAACAGAAAAACCCCAGACUGUUUCAGCUAAAUCUUGAACACCAAAACCAGCCUGAGGCAAACACUGAUCACAGAAAGCUUUUAUGUGAAUGAUUAGUUUGUUAUAUUCGUAAAAUAACUGAAAGCAGGUCACACAGUGAAAGGGGUUGGGCUUGUCAGCCCUGUCUGUAGUGUGUAUACAUACAUGCAUGGAUGCACACAUUUAAUGCUAUGUGCGUGCAUGUAAGUAGUGUUUUGCAUAGGUUUAGUUCCACUGCACCAGUAGAACUCUAAAAUGUCAAAGUUUCAUUCAAGUUUGAAGUUCCACUUUCAAACCAUUCUCAUGGGUUUUUAAUGGAGUUUGCCAUUAUUCAUGGUCAUUUGGUUGUAAUGCUCACUUCCAGAAUUAUUUGUGUCUGUUUUGUGUGAAAGCAUCUCAGAGGUAAAGGUUUUCAGAGUGCCAAGAGGGAAGGUAAGCUGUGAAUUUAAGUGCCACUGCAGUGCUGUGCUUGUGCUCAGUAUACAGGAAACAAUGUAGUGUCAUUCCCUGUCCAGAGUGAAACUGGCCUUGAAAAAUUAUUUGAUUUGUCUAUCAGACAUAUUUCCCACUCGUCCUUCCAUGUAAUGAACAGUGUCAUUAAACAGACUUUGCUAAUUAAUAGAAAUGAAGGAAGCAGACUGCUCACACCCUCUGCUUUCUUCCUCCCCAUCUUUCUAAGGUAACUUCUUUCACCCAAAGGUUUCAUGUUCAGAUCCCAGGAAUUUUUAAGCUGGAGUGUAGGUAGGUGAACAACUUGAGUCCAGUCUCAGUUCUGACACAUACCCUGAAUUUUUUUGGUGGUAUUUUUUUUUCAUUUCCAGCUUUGGAGUCUACUGCCAUGCAGGAGCCAGAUGAAUUUACAAGCAGAGGUCAUGCCAGGGCUGAGGUUGACACGGUGGGAGCACUGGAGAACUCUGAUGGUGAUGGGCUUGCCUGCCUUUGGAAGCAGAUUAGUUGCGGCCCCUCACCUCAGGCUUAGGCAGCCUGUCUUGAAGGGUGUUGGUGAAGAUGCUCCCAGGUCCUCAUAAAGCGAUGUACAAGGUUGGGUCAGUUUUCAUCCUUGUUGGGAGAUCAAACAGUGUAAUUAUGCUGUCCUUCACAAAGCGGGACUUGGCUAAUUAAUGAACCCGUCCGACUUGAUAGGCAGACUGUUGUCAUGGUCACAUAGCAGACAGUUAUUCUUUAUUUUACAGGUAGGUUAAACUCAGGUACAUAGCUGAGUUAAUAGUAAAGGUGGGUGCAGGGGUGUCUCUUGUGGGCACCAGGCCCUGUUGUCCCUCUUGCCUUUCAUUAAGGUUCUGCUCGGCCUCUGUAAGAGCUAUGUAAUGGUGUAUCGAAAUUAGCCUUAACAUUUUUUUGUUGCACUUUUUAAAGCUUGAAUUUUAAAACAUACUAUUGAAGAGUUUGCAGUAGUUUCAUUAGAGCUAGACAUCUUUUUUAAUUUUAAAGUUGCCUAAGGCUGUAUUAGUGUAACAAAAUCAUUGUGUCCAGUCUAACUUACAUGGCACGUAUUCCUCACGGCAGCCUUGCACAGGGGACUGCAUUUCACCACAUGUAUCCUAAGACACCAGGAUGUGUGCAAACCAAAUAUUGUUUGCCUGUGGCAUCAGAAAAAUAUUGCCUUACAUUGCUAAGAAGUAGGAAAAGAGUGGACAUAGCCUGCUUCUUCUGCCUUCUGUGUCAGUCACUGUCAUAUAUGUACAUAUAUAUAUAUAUAUUAAAAAAAUACUCUUUCAGGUUGUAUAUAUUCGUAUAACUUUUCCAUUAAGAUAAUCCAUUUGGACUUUACAAAAAAAAAAAAAAAAAAAAAAAAAAGAAGGAAAAAACAUUCUAGAUGGUGUGAUGUUUUCCCUUCCAGCUAAGGGUGUAUUUAUCUUUGUAUAGGAAUCUUUUACUUUUUGAGAACACGAGUUACAAAAGAAGAUUGUGCCUUUCGGAUUGAUUUGGGAGGCUGUUAACUGCAUUUCUGGGUGUUGUUACAUAUCAUUGUCUAGAGAUCCAAAAAGAUAAACAAGUGUUGUCUUCCUCUUUGUUAUGGGGACCCCUGAAAUUUGAGGGGUACGAAAGUUAAGUAUCUUGUUCCAAAAGGGCAUUCUAAAACUUUACGGGGGUUUUCAUCUUAUUCCAGUUUUCUGGUUUGUAGAUUUGCUAACUGGUUUCUUUGGAAAUUGCUGUAGUAUCACACAGAAAUCGUUUGUAACGUGCCACUUCUAGUAGUGUUAAUACAGCAUUAUACUGCAUUAUUCAGUGGCAUCUUUGGGAAAGCAUGGUAGCAACAACUGCGCUGAGUAAAUUAAAUAUUUUAUUGAAAAUCCUGAACCUUGUAAGGCUGAAGUUAAAUGUUCACGAAAUACCGUGUGGAAGGAUUUCUUUAUAGCAGCCGGUAAAAUUGGGAUUGAUCAUUCUAUUGUUUGCAAUUGCUCUUAACCUUUUAGUUUGAAGUUAGUCCUCCAGGAGCUUUCCUUUGUACGCAAUGUUUGAACAAAUGGAUGUUAUUUCAAAGACCUAUUCUUACAAAAGUAAAACCAAUUAAAGUUUUCUUCCAGAGCCAAAUUCUGAUUCCACAUCUGUAUUGAACAGUGACCACUGUAAUGAGUAGUUCUCCUCAGUACAGGUAUUAAUAUAUUUGAUUCUAACAAAACAAUUUGAAGAAAUUACUACUUGAGGUAAAUGAAGGAAUGCGGAUUAGCCUGUUGGAGAUAAGAUUUGGGUUAUUUAAAAAUAAACAAAUAAAUCAAUUUCAGGAGUUUUGAGUGUCUCUAACCUCUGCUGAAGUCAGAGUGCUGUGUAUUUAAAAUUAGACCAUGAGUGAAUCUGCUUGAUAAUAAUCUGAAGUUCCUUGUAAGGCAAAUUACAAUUUACCUCUCUGAUAUUGUGCUAAUGGAAAACUGGCAGUAACACUUUUAAAAGAGAGCCUGUGAGUAAUUUUCUCGGCUCUUGUCUACAGUGACAUACAUGACAACACUGACUGCAGUGCGAUUUUUAAAUAACUCUGCAUUCAUUCUUCCUCUCCUUUUAAGUCAAAUCAGUUUUAUUUACACCACUUCACUUUGAUACAGCUAAUAGGGCCCUCUGUGAUAGAUUUAGAAAUUGGGUGGAGGAAAGAGAUGGUGACUCUCAUUUUAAUUAGUGCUGCAGCUUGUUAAUCUUGUGUGUUUUACUUUAUAGACAUCUUGGGAGAGACAAAUGGUUUCAGUAGAUAAGCAAAACUAUUAACGAUGAAAAGGAUAGAGGGACACUGAUUCUGAAUUUAAUUUUUAAUGAAUAUUUUAAAUUGUGUAAAUGAAGGAAGAAUUUAAUUCUGUAUUUUUAAUGUGGUGAUCAGAUGGCAAGUACUGUUUUUAACUGUUGCUUAUUGGAAGCUACUUUACAUAUAAUGCCUGGAACUAAGAUGGUAAGACAGGUGCUCUUCUUGCAGUUCAUACUAGAUCUGAAGUAUUUUUUAUUAACACAAGGCUGUAUUGCACCCAUGGACUACAAUAUGAACUGCAGAAAGAAUUUCAAUACCGUGCUGGAUUCUAUCUGAAUGUACUCCAGUACAGGACUGUGGCCUUUUUUUUUUUUUUUUUUUUUUUCCCCCAAUUUGAGGGGUUUUGUCGACUUGAAAUGCAGAUGUUACAUAAGAGCUUUAAGGGAGGUUGUAUGUUGAAACCCAGCCUUGUCUUAAACUUUUGUAAACUGGAAAUCUUCAAAAAUGUAUUCCAUUUUCCUGAAUAAAGUUGGUGUUUUAAUACUGUU